UCAAAACAAAACUUAUAGCAAUUUUUUAAUAACACUAAUUACUUACUACAUUUAUAAAUUCUUGAAAAAAGUCAACAAAUUUCAAAAUGCAGAAAACUAACAGUUUUAAGAGUUUUAUACCCGUAAAAAUCUAUCAAUCAGUCAGUGCUGUAUAUAUGACCUGCAUAUCUAAGAUGCCGCGGGAUUCUUUUAAGCCAAAGAUCGAUCACAGUUUGCUGAUCGAACAGGCCGUGGUCUCAGCUGUGGAUGAGACUCUGCGUCCCUUGGACUAUGAAAAACGGCAGCAAGAAGCCCGUGAGAUUCUUCUCAAGUCGCAGGAGAACCUAUUCGAAAAAAUGGACGUAAGUCAGAUAUCCUCGGAGAAGGAGGCUUUACUAACGGACGAUGAAGAUGAUGGUGAGAUUGGCAAUGAUCCAGUGCGUCUAAAGUCGCAGGUUUUACUCGAUGAGUAUCGAAAGCGGUAUGAAGAUACCUCCAAGACGGAUAUAACGGAUGUCCUACCCAUCAAGGAGAUAAGACAAUAUGCUUGGCUUGUACUCAGUCUUUUCUUACUGGCCUGUAGUGUCUUUGUGCUGGUCAAGUGCGGGAACCAUAACUAUUUCCUAUGACAAAUCAGAAAUCGUAUAUAUAUAUAUUGAAUCGUGGCGAAUGUGGCGAGCAAAACAGAACGGCAGAUCAAGUGAAUCAUAUAAAGAGCGGGAAAAUUGAGGAAACGGUGCCGCUUAUGUAAAGUAGAAUAUCCGCUGGCAGGCGAACGGAAGGCGAGGUGCGAAAACAAUAAAAGCGGACGGAAGUUGGACAGGGACGGAAACCGGCGACGGUUCCGUCGAUCUUUGGACUCUUUUUCCUAACCAAUGCCACAAUAAUAAUAGUUUACUAUAAACCAUA